UUUAAUGACUACUACUACCACUACUACUACUACUAUUACUACUAUCACCACCAUCAUAAUCACUACUACACCCCGCAAUAAUACCCUUACCACUUCUACCACCGCUAUUUUCCUCCUAUAGCUCAAAGAAAACAAAACACUAGCGAGAAGAGCGACGGAAGAGUCCCCUGGCGGAAUCACGUGACACACCCACCUCACGGUCACUCUCACGCAGUAACCCGUGAAGGUGGGUGCCUGCUUUCCUGUGUCUCGGACUAAUUAACUGCUGUACGCUUUCCCCUGCUGUCUAGUGCUGCCCAGGGAUGCCACGGGUAUUGGAGAGCCUCGCGGUGGCACUGAAAGGGCAGCCUCAGGAAAUGGGUGUUUUUCUUGCCUCAGUACCGUUCACACUGCCCACGGGGAGGCGACACGUGGUGCCAACACGUGGACGAGAAGCUUCCACUCUUCCUCAUUCCCGGAACAGCAAUAAAUGGCGACACUGGCGGCCAAAGAACAAUGCUGCGUGUUCUGCGUCUCCAUGUUGGUUCUGUUGCUGCAGGCAGUGGCUGCGUGGUCAUCACAUACACCUCACACUGGCAAAUGUUUUCACUUCGAUGGCAGGAAGACAUGUUUAGAUCUGGCGUCGCAAAGGAGCAAUACAACGGACAACCACCCGUUCCCGAUUCCCUUUACCUUCUUUCGAACCCCGGUCCACCCUCCCCCAGGCAAGGAAUCUCCUAAAGCGCCAUUGUGCCAGCAGUUUAUCCCUCGGUCUUUGAAGUCUGCUGCUGCCUCACCUCUUCCUGCAGGUUGAAGGUGUUAUUGUGCAGACCGGUGUGCUGGACUGUCUGGAAAGCGUGACGUUGUGAGGGUGUAGCUGUGCAAGUAGUAGUAGUAGUAGUAGUAGUAGUAGUAGUAGUAAGAUGUUUUAAAUACCGUGUGGUGAUAAUGAUUGUGAGUGUGCUAUGCGUUGCAGUGCAGUGUGAUAAGAUAAAGAUGUUUUCAUGUCAGAGUGAUGAUAGUGAUGAUGAGGGUCUGGUAAGAGACUGGUGUUCUAAUAAUAAUGAUGACAGUGAUGGUGAAGGUGUGGUGGGAUUAAGUGUACUAAACUAAGGAUGUUUUUGAUGAUAAUGUGAUGAUAAUGGUGGUGAAGAUGUGGUGAGUGUGAUGUUACUGGUGGUGAGGAUGUGUUGGAAUAAGGAUGUUUUAAUUAUAAUGUGAUGAAAUGAUGAUAAGAGUGAGGUGAGAUAAUGCUUUGCUGAUAGCGGUGAUGAGGGUGUGGUGUGCUACUGUGGUGUGUGGGGGAUGGGAGGGGGAAGGUGAGGGAGUACAGGUGGGAUGAGGAAGCAGAACGCAGGAAAACUCACUCCAAAAACCAGCACAUUUUUACUCAUUUGUGUAAAGGAAGACAUGAAAGCGAGAGUUAAUUGCCGGUAAUUGUAAGUUUUUAUCAAUUAGUCAAACACGUGCAGUUUUUAUAAUAUGUUUUUCCCAACAGUUUUAUAUGUGUACGUAUAUUUUUGUCUCUCAGUCGUCCAAAAGAUGGUUGUUAAUAAAAAUGGUUUGUAAAGGUC